AUGUCCAUGAUGCCCGAGAUAGGUACCAUUCAGCGCGCCUGGUACCGCUGGAAGAUGCUGCGGUUGCCGUGGCGGAAGCGCUUCCUCGUCGGCCUCGACCUCCGCGGCAACACGUACUGGACGUUCCGGGACCAGCGGCCCGACAAGCACACGCCGGCCUCGGCCCUGCGCUGGCGGCGCAUCGUGCAGUACCCGCGCUCGACGCACCUCUCGGACGUGGCGGUCCCGCCGCAGUGGCACCAGUGGCUGCGGCACCAGCGCGAGCACCCGCCGUCCCUCGCCGAGCAGUCCGCCGACGUGGCCCGGCAGGACCGCAUCAGGGUGCUGGCGGCCGAGGCGGACGCACGCUGGGAGGCCAAGCCCAGCCUGGCGGACAUGCCCGGACGGGGCGAGAAGAGCCAGCCCGCACCGGCGCUCGAUACGGAUCGGACGCAGCCGCACAUCCAAGCUGCUGGGGAGAGGGCGCAGCCCGAGGGACACAGCGACGGAGGGCAGAGCAAGACAGAGGUCAAGGACGACCCCUGGAAGAAGGCCGCAGGUCGUGGGCCCAGCGAGAACUGGCAGCCGGCGGCCUGGACACCUACACCGAGUUCGCGGAGCACAAGGACCAGUGCCGUCAAGUCAAAUGCAGGACGAUAA